AUGUCGGGCACUAUGCUCAAAGCGAUCUUCUAUGCGAGGUUCCACGAGGAGAAAGGUCCUACAGUCCUCCACCAAGUCCCCGAAGGCAGCGUCAUUCCCCUAGCGAACACAACCCAACAACCACUCUUCCACUUCCCCAGCGUCUCCAACCACAUAAUCCCACGCCGCGAAUUCUGCGACCGCCCUUUGAGUCUGCUGGCUUCUCAUUACCGUAUAAUUGGUUUCCCUGUCUGCAUCCACAAUCCCAUUCUCUACCCUCGUUCAGAUUUUAUAUUUAAUUUCUGUCUUGUGGUGGAUGAGAAUGCAGAGUGGGGCGCUUAUGCCAGUGUGGUUAGUAAACUUGCGCGCUUGAUGAGAAAUCUUGAGGAACAAGCUGGUUGGUUGAGUAAAGAGGAGAAAAGGGAGGGAUGGGUUAAGGCAGGAGAAAGAGGGUAUGGAGGUGGCAAUCGUGUUUUUGCGGUUUGUGAGAUGGUGCUGGAGGAUUUGAAUUGUUAUUGCGAGUGUAUGAUUCCGAUUGAUGACUCGAAUACGCUCAACCUUAAGCUGUUUCCCACGAGAUCACCUCCGCCGCCGAUUCAGAUCUAUCAUGUUCCGCUGAGUACUGUCCGCUUCAGCAGUUUGCAGACCAAUACGUGGGAUCUGACUGUUCAGCGAAUCAUCCCGUACAUCGAUGGUAUCAACUCUGUGCAGAAGAUCGCUAUCCUGGCUGAUACAGAUCUAACACUCACUCGACGAGCAUUAGCUCAUCUGUUAUACUACGGCUGCAUCUUGAUGCUCAACACCUUCCACUUCCAUGCCAUCUAUGCCACAACAGCCGAAAUCGGCGUUUUCGUUGAAGACACAAAGAUGCAAGAUGAGUGUAGACGAUACAUUGUCACACCGCACUCGCCGUUCAAAAACAGUAUCUCUGGAUCUUCUAUUCCUUCCUCGCAAGGACAAGGACCUAGUUCCUCAUUUAACCCUUCCACCAGCUACUCCUCCCGAAACCACAAAAGCAGUAAUCUGAACCCUUCUUCGGGGAACACACCACAACCGCCUUCAAGAGCAACAGUCCUCCAUCUCUACGCCUCACUACGCCAAGGCCUUUCCCUACGCGAUUGGUGUCUCGCUCACGCCUCCUCAUUAGCUUACAUCGACAUCCGCCGCUUCAUAACCUUCGGAAUCAUAAAAGGGUUUUUAUACAGGAGUCAUCGGUAUGCUAUCGCCCUGAGGGCAGCAGAUACAGCAGCCGAUGCAGCAGUAGCCGAGGAAGCAUUGCGCGCGCGCCGAGAAGCAGAGAAAACAUGGCGCAAAGCGGCAAUGAGUAGUGGAUGGCGCACUCCCGUUGCGUUGCAGGAUGAACCAGCCCUAGAUGGUGGGUUUGGUGGUGUGGUUGCACGAGCAAAAAAGGAAAAUGAAGAUGAUGGGGCUGCUGUGGCGGAACAUAAGAAAGAGGAUGGAGAAAAGGAUGGUAAGAUGCCUGGAGUAGAGGAGUUGGGCAAAGGAAGGAGUUUGGCGGAUCAGCUGUUGGCGAGGUAUUUGGAUGGGUGUCACUGUUUGGAUGAGGUUUGUACGGAUACGGGAUUGGCCCAGCAGGAAGCGAUUAGGAAGUUGAGGGGACUGGGAGAUGUGGUUUUUGUUAAUCGGUAG